UCGGCCUCCCAAAGUGCUGGGAUUACAGGCUUGAGCCACCACGCCCGGCCUGGAUUUCUUUAAAUUGACAUUUAAACAAUAAAAUCCUGAAAAGAUGUUUGGGUCCCCUUUUUCCCUCAGAGACGUAUGAGGCAAAACUAUGCUCCUGAAAGUCACUGCUAAAGUAAAAACUGAAGUAACUAAAAACUAAAGAAAGAGAGAAGAAAGACUAGAAUAAGAAAGUAGAAAAAAAGUGAAAUGGAAAGAGAAAUAAAAGUAGUGUAUUUUUAUCUUCAGUAUUAUCAAUUAUAAAUGAAAAUUUAUAAUAGUAUUGAAACUAUAAUGUUUCUAGAAAUUAGGCUAACAAAGAAGUCAUAAAACCUUUAUGGAAAAGUGAAUGAUGUCAAUAAAACAUUAAAUGAAAUAAUUAAAUGUCUGAAUUAAUUGAGACAGAUGCUAGUUCCUUGAUAGAACAACUUAAGAAAGAUCUAUGCUUCCCAAAAUAAUUUAUAAAUUCAAUGCAAUUUCAGUGAAAUCUAUCAUAAGUAGUUAAGGAUCUAAAAAUGGUUUCUAAUAUUAAUAUAGAAUAUCAAGUUGCAUGAAGAGCUAGGAUAAUUUUUAAAAGGAAAUAUGAGGGAAUGCCUUACAUUAUAGAUAUUAGUACAUACUACAAAUAUGAAGUAGGUAAAUCUAUCUGAAUGAUUUAGGAACAGACUCAUAGACUACCAGAUAAAAUAGAAUCCAGGGUCAGAUCCUUUUAUGUAAGAUAACUUGGUCACAAUAGAGGAGGUAUCAUAACAACUGGGGUUGGUGGAGAAGAGAGAUUAUUUAGCAAAUGUUAUUGCGGAUAUUGGCUUACUAUAUGCAGAAACAAAAUCCCUAUCUCAUGUCAUAUAAAAACAACCUUCAUAUGUAUGUAAUAGGUGAAUUUGAAAUAUUUGAAUUGGAAGAGACAAAAUAAAUCUAGGUAAAAAAUAUUCAUAUCAUCUUAGUUUGGGUUUGGAUUUCUUAACAAGGCUUUAAAGUACAAAAAAGAAAAAUACAAACUGAUGAAUAUUACUGCCUCAAAAUUAAACGAUAGCACAGACAAACUAAAAGAUGACAGUGAGAAGCCACCUGCAGUAUUUUAACUGACAAGAUUAAUAUUUACAUUAUUCAAAUAACUCUUGCAAAUCAACAACAACAAAGCCAGAGAGACAACAGGAUUUUUCAAGACAAAGGAAAAGGAAAUUCAAAAAAAGGGAAAACAGAAAGUCUGAAAAUAGCUUUAAAUGAAGUUCAACCCUUUUAGUUGGUGAAACAUACACUAAAAUUAGUAAAGAUGAGAGAUUUGGGUAAUAUCAAGUGGAAUAAUAGGAAAUCACAUGUACAGCCUAUUUAGAGACCUUUCUGAUAGUAUUUAGUAAAAUUUAAUAUAUAUAUGUACUCUACAAUUCAGCAAUUUUAUUGGAGUGUGUAAGCCAGAAAACUUACAAAGCUUUACAAAAUGAUGUAUAUAAGAAUAUUCAUCUUAGGAAAAUGAAGAAUAGGACUCCACUUGCAUAUCUAUCAGUAAAGCAAUUGAUAAAAUGUGUAAUAUGUUAGUGAAGGAUUAUUAUGCAGUGAUCAAAAGGAGUUAGCUAGACAUGUAAUCACAUGAAUAAAUCUCAAAUGUUUUAAAAGAAAAAAGAGACAAAGAUUUACAGUACAGUGAUAUACACAAUAUCUUAUAUUUAUAGAAAUAUGCAAAUAUAUCAAUACACAUUAUGAAGGGAGAGAAGAGAGAAUAUAGAAAAGCUAUUUAUGUAUAUAUAGGGGAACAAGGGGUAUAGAAAGAAGUGAGAAUGAAUACUAAUGUAAAUGGCAGUUGUCUCUUCCAAGAGAUUGUUUAAAUUCAUUAUGUCAUUGUAGAAUUGAUUUAGUAUUGACCAACUGAAGUUGUUUAAAAAUACGUAUUAUUUCUGUUGCCUUCCAAAAUAAUCAGUUGCCCAUAGAAUAUGAAAGCUAAGAGUUUACUUGUAAUUUUUAGUUGCAACAAUAUCCCUGAGACUUCACAUUUUUAACAAAGUUGAUAAAAAUUAUGUAGCACAAUGAUUUCACUGAAAACAAUUAGCUAUUAAGACAUUAAUACAUUGUCAGGUUAGAGUUAAUGUUAAAAGGAAACCCAGGGAGAUAAACAAGUCCAAAAUCUACUUUUUCCUAGGGAAUCCUGGAAAACUUGAACCUCUGUUAAUAAGCAUGGACCCCUAAGAGCCAAACCCUUGGAGUGAGAGUAAACUGGAAAUGCAUGAGCCGUUGUGGGGAAUUUCAGCCUUGAACUUGAUUUUUAGCCUUUAACUUGAUUUUUAGCCUUAAACUUGAUUUAAGGUGAUCAUCGACAGGUAGUGCUCCAGGAACUGAUAGAAUCAAAUGCAGAUCUUUAAUGAAAUCUGACUUCUUAUAGUGAAUGUGAAUGUGACUUCUUACAGUUUUGAAUGUUUAAAUGUUUAUUCACUCUAAGCCUCAAAUCAUUCGUACAACUAGUUUUUUAUGUUCUUAACAUAAACAGUCGAAGAUAAGUGUAUACACAAGGUAACAUGACACUAUGAGUGACAGCCAGCAGAGAAAAGGAACAUAAAAAUAAACUUGUAAGCAUUUCAAAUAUUGUAAUUAUCAGACACAGUCUGUAAUAUGCUAGGUAAUUUAAUUGAAAUAAAAGUUAAAUUUGAAGGUGUACAAGGAAAAAUACUAUAAAAUUUGACAGAUAAGAAAACAAAUAGAACUCCUAGAAAUGAAAAACUAUAAUGAUCAAAAUUUUAAACCAACUAGAAAAUUUAAUAGAAAAUUAGAUACAGCUAAACAAAUAAUUACUGAAGAGAAAGAUAGACAAGGAUAUAAUUUAUCCAAUAUGUAGGUCAUGAAGUUGACAAGAUGAAAAAUACAGAAGAGAAUAUUAGAAACAGAGGAUAAAGUAAAAAAGCUUAACAUAUAUUUAACCAGAACCCAAGGAGAUAAGAGAUAAAUUGUAUCAGAAGCAAUAAAGAAAUAAUAAUUUGAAUUCUUCAAAAUUGAUGAAAACAUCAAUAAGCAGAUUUAAGAGACCUAAAUAAACCUAACAGGAUAAAUUUUAAAAGAUAUUCGUAUCUAGAAACAUUAUAUUGAAAGCUCAGAAAACCAAAGAAAAAGAGAAAUCUUUUUUUCAAAAGCCAAGGGAAGAGGACACUGAACCCUCAAACACACGACAGACUGACAGCUAUGCUCCAUGUAGCAAUGGAAAAUAAUAGAAAGGUAUCUUUAGUGUACUGAAGGAAGUUAGCAAACCUUUCUACCUAAAUGAUCUUUGCAUGUAAGAGCCAUUAAAUGAGAGCAUGAAAUCAACUUGGUAUCAAUUUAAUUUUAAAUUAUUCCAGAUGAUAAGAAAGAAGUAGCAUUUCAUCCCUUAAAUGUGACUUCUUUUAAUUUUCUUCUUUGCCCAUCCCUUGCAACAAUUCUGAGUCCAAGAGUUUGACCUACCUCUGUUUCUAGCCUUCUUCAUCUCUAAUGACACUCACUUCUACUCUAGCCUAGUCACCUAUAAUCAUGGCCUCUCUCUGGAGAUGGUAGUCUCUGAAAACUACGUCAUGUCUGAAGUCACAAAUUCAAAUAUACUUCUUUUAAUCUGCAACGUAUUAUCUUUCUUGAAGAGAUUUAAUCACCAUUUAUGCCAAUAAAUCCCAAAUGUGACUCUAUAGCCCAAAUGUCUUUCUUCAACUACAUUUAUGUAAUAGAAGCUAAUUUAUAUAACUAUCUAUAUGGAUGCUCAAACUCAACAGUUUUAAGUUAAAAUUGUUCCCUUCCUCAAAACUAAAUAUACCUUCUCCAGUUCCGUAUCUGUUCCUCUUUCUUCUGCUCUUUCUGUGUUUAUUAGUUAAUAGAACCAACAGUCACUCAGUUGCCUAAGCCUGAAGACAAAGUACAUUUACCUUCAUGCCUUUCUAACCCACUCCUUCUAUGUUUAUCACCAUAUACCCUAUUGUUUUAUCAUUCUAAUACAACCCCUUCACUGCAUUUCUAGUUGAGGCCAAUGUUUCCUCUUACUUGUAUUAUUGCAACCAUUUGUAAUCAAUCUCUCACCUUUAAUCUUAUUCCUCUCUAAUUUAUUCUCAACUCUGAAACAGGAUAAUGUUUUUAAAAAGUAGAAACAUAAUCAUGUCACUUUUCUGUUUUAAUUAUAAUCCCUUUAAUAACCCUACAUUUCUUCUGACGUAAAGCCCAAAUUCCUUGACAUAGUUACAAAAUAUUUUCUUAUCUUUCCAAUUUCAACUCUUACCAUUUCUCUCCUCUUGCUCUAUGCCUUAGCCAUAUUGAUUUUAUUUUAUUUCUUCCAAAUAUUUCUCUUUAUUUGGAUUUGCACAAUCUUGUUUUUAGUUUUCCUGAACAAUUUUACCCCAUACCCAAUUUUUGUUUAAAGUACUCCUACUAAUUUUUAAUGUAUCAAUUUAGAAUAUACUUUCUCCAGAAAAAUUUGUCUUGUAUUUCCAAAUUCUGGUUAGAUAACCAUCAUCUAUGCCCUUGUAGUAGCAUGAACUUUCUUUAUCAUGACAUUCAUUGUGUUCUAUUUAAAAUAUGUGGUCAUUUUUCUGUCUCCCUCUUGCGUGGCAGAAACUAUGUCUGUUUACCAUUCUAUCCCUAACACUUAUGACCAUUCCUUGCACAAAGUAUAUUCUCAAUAACUAUCUGCUAAACUAAUUAAUUAAUAGAUAGAUAGACAUACUUAGAAUUGUGCCUAUGGAAAGUCUGGGUCUGCAAAUGAUGAAAUUCAGUUUCACAACUAAACUGAGGUCUAAUUUGUUCACAUUUUUAAAAAUGUUUAACUGGACUUGCUCUUACAUUAAAAACCAGAAAUGUUUUACUUUACUCACUACUUUUGAGCAUUUAUUUUCUACUCCUGCCAGCUAAGUCUCCUACUGAGUCUCCCUAAAUAAACGGUACCAUUUAUGCAGUUCAAAAUGUCCAACCUUUCUAAAGCAACUGUUUUCGUAUACCAGGUUCAUUUUCAAGUAGAUGAUCUCAUUCUUCUUUUCUGAGUAGUUAUGGAGAUAGCUAAGACCUCUAAUUCUCAUUUCCAAUUUUCCUAAAAAUCUCUUGCCUACUAAGUCAAUUACAUGUAAGAGUAUUCUUCACUAUCUUUAGUUGUUUAACAUAUUGUCUUCACAGAGAGAUCAUAACUCGUUUGAGGCAGGGGCUACAUCUUAAAUAUGCUUCUUACAUCUAUACCACAGCUGUAGCAGAUUGUGGCUGAUGAUGGAAAGGUAAUAGCAUCACGUAUCACAAAAAUGCAACUCGGAAAAUAGGCAUAUAGGAGGACAAUAUAAUUUAAAUUUAUUGACAAACACUCAAGAAAAACUAAUAUUUUGUCUGAAACAUAUUGGAAUUUAUCUAAAACCUGAAAAUCUGCAGAGUCGCAUGGUGGCGCUGCAGGAUAAGAUGGUGAAAUUUUUGUAACAGCAGAUGCUCUGGUUUCCCUUAACCAUGGGAACUGAAAGCGCUGGGAAACCAGGAGAAAAGAGGCUUUCAAAAGGUAGGGCACCACCAACACCUUCGCGACAGGAUUACGAGUUUCUAGAUUCCCAAAGGUCCAGGCUGACAGGUGAGAGGAGCAACUUUAACAGCUGCUAGAGACUGAGUUGAAACGUUUUCGCCAGAAAGACGUUUGGCUAAGAAGCCAUGGAGCCGGGAAAGGGAAGAGCUCAGCGGACAAGGCAAGUGCUGCUUUUCUUUGUUUUCCUGGGAGGGUCUUUGGUGUGUUCUGAGACCUGGAGCUAUUCCACAGCAGAGGAAAUGGAGGUCGGCACAUUUAUAGCCAACGUGGUGAAAGACAUGGGUUUGGAUGUGGAAGACCUGGUUGCACGGGGCGCCAGAGUCAUCUUUGACGACUAUAAACCUUAUUUGCGAUUGGAUCCACAAAACGGCGACUUGCUCUUAAACGAGCAGCUGGACCGGGAGGCACUUUGUGAUCUCACAGAGCCUUGUAUAUUGCAUUUCCAGGUGUUAUUUGAAAAUCCGUUGCAAUUUUUUCGGGCUGAGCUUUUGGUCAAAGACAUAAAUGAUCACACUCCCACGUUCCUAAAUAAUCAUAUACUUCUAAAAGUCUCCGAAGGUACUACUCUAGGAACUUUAUUCCAAAUAGAUAGUGCUCAGGACUUGGAUGUGGGAAGGAAUGGUGUUCAAAACUAUACAAUAAGUCCCAAUCCCCAUUUCCACCUUAAAUUACGACACAGUGAUGAGGGCAGAAAAUAUCCAGAGUUGGUACUGGACCAAUCCCUGGAUCGAGAAAAGGAGUCUGAGCUUAGUUUAACGCUAACAGCCGUGGAUGGCGGGUCUCCGCCCAGGUCUGGGACUACACUGAUUAACGUUGUGGUCCUGGACAUCAAUGACAAUGCCCCUGAAUUUGAGAAGCCAGUCUAUGAAGUUCAUGUACCUGAGAGCAGCCCUCUGGACUCCUUGAUCAUAAAAGUGUCUGCUACAGAUUUAGAUGCAGGAAUAAAUGGAGAACUGUCUUAUUCAUUUUCCCACGUCUCCAGAGAUGUACGGAAAACAUUUGAAAUCCAUCCAAUUUCUGGCGAAGUCUGUUUAAAAGCACCUCUAGAUUUCGAGAUUAUUCAAUCUUACAUCAUAAACAUUCAGGCCAUUGACAGUGGGAGCCUUUCUGGAAAAUCAAACAUUUUAGUUCGGGUUGUAGAUGUGAAUGACAACCCGCCAGAAAUAGCCAUGACAUCUCUUACCAGCCCCAUACCGGAAAACUCUUCACCUGAGAUGGUGGUCGCUGUCUUCAGCAUACGAGACCAAGACUCUGGAGACAAUGGGAGAAUGGUUUGCUCAAUUCAGGACAACCUCCCCUUUGUCUUGAAGCCUACCUUCAAGAAUUUUUACGCUCUGGUAACAGAGCACCCACUGGACAGAGAGAUCAGAAAUGAAUAUAACAUUACCAUCACCGUGACCGACUUGGGGACACCCAGGCUGAAAACCGAGCACAACAUAACCGUGCUGGUCUCCGACGUCAAUGACAACGCCCCCGCCUUCACCCAAACCUCCUACACCCUGUUCGUCCGCGAGAACAACAGCCCCGCCCUGCACAUUGGCAGCGUCAGCGCCACAGACAGAGAUUCAAGCACCAACGCCGAGGUCACCUACUCGCUGCUGCCGUCCCAGGACCCUCACCUGCCCCUCCCCUCCCUGGUCUCCAUCAACGCAGACAAUGGCCACCUAUUCGCCCUUAGGUCGCUGGACUACGAGGCCCUGCAGGCGUUCGAGUUCCGCGUGGGCGCCACAGACCGCGGGUCCCCGGCGCUGAGCAGCGAGGCGCUGGUGCGCGUGCUGGUGUUGGACGCCAACGACAACUCGCCCUUCCUGCUGUACCCGCUGCAGAACGGCUCCGCUCCCUGCACUGAGCUGGUGCCCCGGGCGGCCGAGCCGGGCUACCUGGUGACCAAGGUGGUGGCAGUGGACGGCGACUCGGGCCAGAACGCCUGGCUGUCCUACCAGUUGCUCAAGGCCACGGAGCCCGGGCUGUUCGGUGUGUGGGCGCACAAUGGCGAGGUGCGCACUGCCAGGCUGCUGAGCGAGCGCGACGCGGUCAAGCACAGGCUGGUGGUGCUGGUCAAGGACAAUGGCGAGCCUCCGCGCUCGGCCACCGCCACGCUGCACUUGCUCCUGGUGGACGGCUUCUCCCAGCCCUACCUGCCUCUCCCUGAGGCGGCCCCGGCCCAGGCCCGGGCCGACUCGCUCACCAUCUACCUUGUGGUGGCGUUGGCCUCGGUGUCUUCGCUCUUCCUCUUGUCGGUGCUCCUGUUCGUGGCGGUGCGGCUGUGCAGGAGGAGCAGGGCGGCCUCGGUGGGCCGCUGCUCGGUGCCCGAGGGCCCCUUUCCAGGGCAUCUGGUGGACGUGAGCGGCACCGGGACCCUGUCCCAGAGCUACCAGUACGAGGUGUGUCUGACUGGAGGCUCCGGGACAAAUGAGUUCAAGUUCCUGAAGCCGAUAAUUCCCAAUCUGCUGCCCCGGGACAGCGAAAUGGAGAAAGCCCCACCUUUCUGAAUGGCAUGGAAUUCAAUUAGGGAUCUGAUUAUGAUGCAGAACUUUUAGAAUGAGUCUAUUUCUUUGAAAUCUUUUUGUUAUGUAGAGUUUUUCAUUUUGGGUAACUGCAUUUUAUUCAAGAGUUUUCAGAAGUUACAAGAAUUUAAGACUAUUUUUUGUUGUUUUAAUCGUGAAAAAAUUGAAAGCUGGAAUUUACUUAGUCAUUGUUUUGAAAUACAACCUCAAAUAAUAUGUUCACAUACACAUUAUUUUCCCUUCAAGUUUAAUUGCACACUGGGCUCAUUCCUAUUUUCUGAGUGUUCGGACUGUGGAUCCUCUAACCAAAGCAGUUUUUAUAUGAUUGAGAAUAUUAUUAUAGAGGUAAAUGCAUGAUAUUAACAAAAACAUAAUUGCUUGUUAUCUCGUUAGGUUGGUUUCUAAGAUGUUAUCUAAUUUAGAUUUCUUUUUUUAAAACCUAUAAUCUUUUCAUUCUACUUUUCUGGCAAACAUUGCAGAGAAUUUUUCCUGUACUGAGGGGUUUUUUUUUUUCAUAAUUAUGUGUGAACCAUAUAUAUGCUAGUAGAUGUUGUUUUAUUUAAAUAUAUUCAAAACCUUGUUUGGAUUAAGAUGUAUAUAUCCCGCUCAUGCUCCUUUUGUUGUCUGAGAACUUCUCUAUAUUACCCAAGAGAGGCGAUCACUAGUGUGAUGCUUAUUCCAUUGCAGGCCUUCUUUUCUUACACCUCCCCCCCCCCCAUAUAUUUUUUUAAGGGGUGGGGUCUUGCCAUGUCACAUGGGCUAGUCUUGAACUCCUGGGCUUUGGUGAUCUUACCACAUUAGCUUCCCAAAGUGUUGGGAUUAUAGGCAAGAGCCCUGAUCACUUUUUAUUGGUCCUGUGAUAGAUUCCUUAUUUAAGCUGGAAUAGCUACAUUCUCCAAACCCCUAAAUUUGUGAUUGAGAUAUAGUUCAUCUACUUUUUCCUCUUGAAUAAAUGUUGAAUGUGUGCUGAGGUAGCCAUGUUUAUAAGUUUCUAGAUAGAGAGAAAAAGAGGGAGAGAAAAUGGAAGGAAAGUAAAAGUGAAAAGGAAUAAGAGUGGAGAAGGCAGAAGCCUAGAAAACAGUAGAGACUAAAAUAGCUACUUAGUUCUAGACCUGUCCACCUAAGUUCAGUUCCUCCUAAGUCCCCAAUGUCUAAUUGCCCUUGGGUUCUACAGUAAGACUCCAUUGCUAAUACUAAAAUUCCUUUGUUUAACCUAUCUUGAAGUGGGAUUUCUUGAAAUCAGAAGAGACUUGAAAGGUUUGUACAACCUUGAGUACUCAAUUAGACUAUCUACCUUGAAACCCUGGUCUUUUAUUGCAUGCUUCUAACGUUAACUUAAUGAAUGAAAUACAGGAUGUACAAGCCUAGAGAUAACAAAUCUAUACUAGAGGCUUAUGUAACAAAAUUUAAAUUUGUAAAUAAUUUAUGAGGUCUUUCAACAGAAAAAUGCUACAAAGGGCUUUAUGAAAUGUCUCAUUAACUUAACUUUCCCUCCAUUAUUUUAUAUGUCCCAGGAUUACUUUUAAAUAAUACUUUUAGUUUAAAUAAUAAUAAUAACACUAAAAUUGUUAAGUUUUAGGUUUCUGUACCUUUUCUCAGGAUCAUCAUACCUUCCUUAGCAGACUCUUUCUUUUAAAAAUUGCUUGUUAAGCUCAGUGUGAACAAAAUUAUUUUUGUCAUGUAAUGUAAAAUCUUCUUGCUCCAUAAAUAAUCCCAAUUUAUAAAUAAUAUAGAUUGACUCAUGAUUUCAGUUAUAGUAAUAAACAUUUAAUUAAUAUACCCUAUUGCUAGAAAACCUCAUGAAAAAAUUUAAGUUUCUGCCAAGCCUAGGAGCUAAGAUCUUAGAAAGGAGAAACUUUAACCAAGAGAAGAAAGAUGGGAAUGAAAAACUAACUUUGAUCCAUUAGGUUACUGACAUAGGUACAAGCUUCUAUCCCAUUAAUAUUAAAAAAUGCAUAGACAUUCAGGACGCAUUUUCUUGGACACAUAAUAGUGAAUUUGGAUCCAUGACCAAUAUAUUUCUAUAAGGAAAAUUGUCCAUCAGAUUUUGACUGUGACUGGCAUGUUCUCAUAUUUUGAAAGUUUAAUCGAAUUUGUUUGUAUAGAAGAAAACAUUCUAAAGUAGAAUGUUGAUUUGAGCUAUUUAUACCUUAAGAGAAACCAAUAUAAACCACAGUUCUUACACUUGGCUCAUCCUUAGUUUUCUCAGUUAGCUAGGUAAUUAGACUACCAGAACACAUAAUAGUGUCUAUUAUUUAAACAUUGUGAGUAAAACAUUGGUUAAAGUUGGCACAGUUGGGAAGACCCCCAAGUCUCCUCCCCGAAAAUGUUUUCUCUUUCCUUAGAAGUAAGAAUUUCAGUUCCAUGCUAGGGUUUCAGGAUUCCAAUGAAUCCACAAGAGAUAUAUGAUUGCUUACUAAAAAUGAGUUGAGAUCUUCUCCAGUUGGGAAUAUGCUUAACCUGCUAUUUCAGGUGAACUUAACAUAUUUUCUUCCGCAUUUUACUUUUUACUUUAACUUCAGCCUUUAUAUCCAUGAUCUUAGCUGUCUCCCUCUUAAAGGUUUCAGUGACUCUCAGCUUCAACAGUGUGUAUCUCAUUAUUAACAAUAGAUGGUGAUGCUCUUUACAAAUUAUUUUAGAUACUGUAACAAUUCAACAUAGCAAGCUCACAGUCCUUAGACAAUAUUCACAAAUAAGUUAUCCACAAUUCCUUAAGCUACCUAUUGAGUUUGCAUAAUAAACCAGCUUUAUCUAGUAUAUCACUUAAGUUCAUACCCCUGAAAUGUUAGAAUGAAUCUCUUCAUCUACUGUGCUAGCAGUCAUUAGACCCAUCAAAGAGAAGAGGCUUUCUUAACAGAAAAUUGCGUUGUGGCAAGGAUUGAUUCCCAGAGCAGACUGCCUACUGACCCAACAUGGGCAUCCAGACCCUGAAGGCUGUUGGUGUUGGAGAAAUGGAGGCUGAAAAGGAGCAUUUUCCUAGAAUAAGGCAAGUGCUGCUUCUCUUUGUUAUGCUGUCUCAGACUUGCGCGGAGAGGAAUGUUUAUACUGUAGCAGAAGAAACAGAAAGCGGUUCUUUUGUGGCCAAUGUAGCAAAGGACCUAGGGCUAGAAGUAAGAGAAAUAUCCCGGCGGAGGGCUCCUGUCAUUUUAAACAAUAACAAAAAAUAUUUUCAGCUGAACCUUCAGACUGGAGAACUGCAAGUAAAUGAGAAACGGAAUCAGGAAGAAUUGUGUGACCUCACUGAGCCUUGUGUGCUGCAAUUCCAAGUGUUACUGGAAGAACCUUUGGAGGUAUAUAGGUUUAAACUUUUGGUCAGUGACAUAAAUGACAAUUCCCCUGUAUUCCCAGAAGUAGAAAUUAUUUUGAAAAUCAUGGAAAAUACUCCUCCAGGAACUGUGUUUCCUCUGAAAAACACACAAGAUUUGGAUGUGGGCAUCAAUAACACUCAAAACUACACCAUCAACCCCAACUCCCAUGUCCACAUUCUCACCCAAAAUGGCAGUGAAGGCAGAAAAUACCCAGAGCUGGUUCUGGACAAAGCCCUGGAUCGGGAGGAGCAGGCUGAGUUCGGGUUAACUCUCAUGGCAGUAAAUGGCGAGGCUUCUCCCAGAACUGGAACUGCUCUGGUCCUCGUUGAAACCUUGGACAUCAAUGGCAAUGCGCUUGAGUGUGUGCUGUCACUCUAUCAGGUGCAGAUAUCAGAAAACAGCCCCCUGGAACCCCUUGUUGCCACUGUUUCCGCUAGAGAUUUAGACAUGGGAAUUAAUGGUGAAAUAUUCUACUCACUUUUUAUGGUGAUGAAGAGAUUUCUAAGACAUUUGCACUUAAUGAACGAACGGGAGAAAUUAAAAUGAUCAGAAAAUUAGAUUUUGAAAAAAUUGUGUCAUAUGAGGUGGAUCUUAAAGCCUGUGAUGGGGCAGGUCUUUAUGGAAAAUGUGCCGUCAUAAUACAGGUGGUAGAUAUCAACGAUAACGCUCCAGAACUGACCAUGGCUUCAUUCACAAGCCCCAUCCGCGAAAAUUCUCCCGAGAUGUGGUAGCUCUUUUCAGCAUUCCAGACCGAGAUUCUGGGGAAAAUGGAAGAAUAGU